ACCAUCCGAGCGGCCGAGGGACGGACCGUAGCGUCGACGGACGCCACCUCUCUUGCUGCCGCGUCCUCGAAGUUCGUAUUGACUCCCGAUCUACGGUUAGGGUUGAAGCUUCGAUCCCGAGAUUCCCCCUUGGCACUGCCACCAGCCGCGAUGAUCUCAUGGAAAGACAAGGUGGCCGCGAAGCUCUCCCGGCUCCUCGCCGACUCACCCUCGUCUCCUUCCUCUGCAUCCGCAGAUUAUUCCCCGGUCGCCUCGUCGGAGCCUGAGGAAAUGUUUUCACAACAAUAUGUGUCUCCAAAGAAAUUUUCUCACUCUUCACAAGGUUUAUCGUUUCCGAACUCAACAAGUUGUGCUGUUGAUGCGAAUGCGCAAAACUCACCUGCAAAUUGGCGGCGUGGUGUAAAUUUUUCUUCACAUAGCUCACUUCCAAGAGGAUGGAAAACCAACUGUCUUGCGCAGAAAGAUAGACCAUCUGAUAGUCCCGAGGAAAGUGGAACGGGAUUUGAGAGUGAAGAAUUGCCUGAGAGUACAAAGGAAAACAUGGAUCAUUUCCCGAAAAGGCUUGUCAAUGUUUCUCGCGUUCUUGAUGAAACCUCCAUCACACAUGACCCCGGCGAAUAUCUUUCUUAUCUUACAGAGAAGUCUACGUUUAUGUCUGCUGAUCUUUUUGAGUUUUUCCAGUCAUGUUUGCCUAAUAUAGUGAAAGGAUGCCAAUGGGUUCUCUUGUAUAGCACAUGGAAACAUGGGAUAUCGCUUCGAACACUUCUUCGUAACAGUGUGAACCAUCCAGGGCCAUGUCUAUUAAUUGUUGGAGAUAUGCAAGGUGCUGUAUUUGGUGGCCUUUUGGAUAGUCCUUUGAAGCCUACAGCUAAAAGAAAUUACCAAGGAACAAGUCAAACGUUUGUAUUCACUACAACUUAUGGGGAACCAAGGCUCUUUAGAGCAACGGGCACAAAUAGGUUCUACUACUUGUGCUUGGAUGAUAUGCUAGCAUUUGGUGGGGGUGGGCAUUUUGCAUUAUCUCUUGAUGAAGAUUUGUUACAUGGAACUAGUGGCCCAUGUGAAACAUUUGGAAGCCUAUGCUUGGCUCAUAGUCCAGAAUUUGAAUUGAAGAAUGUUGAGUUGUGGAGUUUUGCGCAUUCAUCUCAUUAUCUCGCCUAAAUGGGGAUGAAGACGCCAGUACUAAUUAUUUAUUCCUAUUCUUUUAUUAAGAUGGGUUGCACUACAGCAUUAUUUACUGUCCCGACACACAUCAUAUGUUGUAUUAUUGCCUUGAUUAGUUUGUUCUAUUUGAAAUUUAUCCA